UAUUGAGAUAUCUCGGAAAUUCUGAUCAUCAUUUCUGAAGAAAAUGGUUUAGUUUUGAUUCUACAAAUGGUAGAAAGUAUGAGUAUAGACCUAAUAAAUAAUUAAUUGUAAACUUGCCUAGCAAUAUUAAAAUGAAAGCUGAGCGUCCAGUACUCCAUGUUUCCUCACAAAACAAUCCUAUCUAGAAACAGAAAUAAAAAUACAAAAUGGCUGCAGGAUACAGAAGAGUUGUCGCCUCAGAAUAUCGAAGAAAAUCUAAAAGUUUUGAAAAUUUCACGGAUAUAAAACGCAUAUUGGACCAGGAGGAAGAUAAAUGUCUGCUGUGUAAAGAUCAUCUGGAGAUGAAACCUCGACCUCGAGGCCAACUCUUCCUUGACGCAUCAGAGCAAUCGGAGGACGAGGAGCCAGAUUAUGGUACAGCAGCUGUUACUCGUGAUACAUCAAUCGAAGACGACCCUGGAGAAAAUCCUAUGAAUAAAUAUUUUGAUUCUCUAUAUUCAGGAUAUGAUUCUCCUAAACAUCAGAUUAUAGAAGAUAAAAAUAAUUCGUCAAUAGAGGAAUCAGUCCUAAUACAGAUGCCAGAGGAAACUUCAAACAUAAAUAACAAGAAAAUGUCUAAAAACUGGAGAAAUAAGCAAAUGUCUGUUGAAUCUCAGGCCUCUAUGGACGAUGCAAUCAGACGAAUAUUGAAGCGAGAAAACAUUGCUCGAUUUAAAAUUAGAAAGGAAAGGAAGAUUAUGGAAAGAUGGAACAAUUACUACACACUUCUAGCAGUUAUUGUCAUGAUAUGUCUUUCUUUAACAAUUGUUGGCAUCAAGAUUUUGCUGAGUGAAAAACCUAAAUGGGAUUAUAGUAAACCUUCUAAACCUACUGGACAAUGGAUGAUGGAUUGGAAUAUAGAUAUCCCUGGUGCUCCUUCUAAACCUAGACAUGUCCCAGUUCAUUGGGAGAGCAUCUAUAAUCUGGACUAUUGGAUCUAUCAUAGAAAUAAUAGAAAAACAUAGAACCUUAGAACCAUAGGCUUUAUACCAUAGAACCAUAGAUCAUAGAACCAUAGAACAAUAUUUUUUAUACCAUAGAAUACUAGAUCAUAGAACCCUAGAACCAUAUUCUUUAUGCCAUAGAAUCACAGAUCAUGGAACCC